GAGGAUAUAUAUACGGAGCAAGUCCGAAGGUUGAAGGAAGAAGUCAAAGGUCUAUUCGACCGGGAGAUGAAUCAGGUGGCAAAACUCGAGCUCGUUGACGGGGUUCAAAGACUGGGACUAGGAUAUCAUUUCGAGACAGAGAUCAAGAACGCUCUUGGUUCCAUCCAUAACAACAUCGAAGAUGCUCAGCUUUCAGAUGAUCUCUAUCCCGCUUCCCUUCGAUUCCGGCUACUCAGACAACAUGGAUACAACGUACAGCAAGAUGUGCUUCAAAGGUUUAUGAACGAGACAGGCACGUUCAACGAAUCGCUCAAAAGGGAUGUGAAGGGGCUUCUUGGUCUUUAUGAAGUUUCUUUCCAUGGAUUGGAAGGUGAAACCAUACUUGAUGAAGCUUGGAACUUUGCUUCUAAGCAUAUGAAGGAUCUAAACCUCGACGAAGUUCCCACUACUUUAGCGAGCCACGUGAAUCAUGCAUUAGAUAUGCCGAUCCACUGGAGGCCAAACAGGUUGGAGGCUCGGUGGUUCAUCGACAUGUACGAGAAACAGCAAGACAUGAUCCCCUCUUUGCUACGAUUGGCUAAAUUAAACUUCAACUUAGUGCAGUCUAUCCACAGGAAGGAAGUUAGCAAUCUGGCAAGGUGGUGGGUUGAACUUGGGGCCAACAAGAUGACCUUCUUUAGGGACAGGCUAGUGGAAAACUAUUUUUGGAGCUGUAUAUUAGUUUUCGACCCUCAAUAUACAGCUUGCAGAGAAUUGAAUGUGAAGAUGGGUUGUAUGGUGACACUUAUCGAUGACGUUUAUGAUAUAUAUGGGACGCCGGAAGAGCUUGAGCUCUUGACAGAUUUCAUUGUCAGGUGGGACAUCACAGACAUCGAUAAGCUUCCUCCAACAAUAAGAGAUAGUUUUAUGGUCUUGUACAACACGACCAACGAAGUUGGGUAUUGGAUGAUGAGAGAGCGAGGAAUCAACCCCAUCCCUUACAUGCGGAAAGUGUGGGCGGAUGAAUGCAAGGCGUACAUGAAGGAGGUCCAUUGGUACAACAAGGGCAUUAAACCGACACUGAAGGAGUACAUGGACGUUGCGGUGGAUUCAAUCGGAGGGCUGAUUGUGCUGUUGGAUAGCUACUUCCUAACCACAGACAAAGUGACAGAAGAGGGACUUGAUUACGUGUCGAAAAUCCCAGGUGUCAUGCAUUCUUCCGCCAAGAUCUUUCGAUUCAACAAUGAUCUCGGUACAUCAUCGCAUGAACUGGCACGAGGAGACAACUACAAGGCCCUAGAAUGCUACAUGAACGAAACCGGCGCUUUGGAAGAGGCCGCGCGGGAACAUAUCAGGCAUCUGGUGCGUGAGACCUGGAAGAGGAUGAACAAAGAAGUGUUUGAGGACUACACGUUUCCCGGGUUCGGGCCUUUUCUCAGUGCUUGUUCGAACUUAGCACGAGCUUCUCAAUUCUUUUAUCAUUAUGAAGACGGAUAUGGCCAUCCCAGUCACGAAAUCAAGGACCAGAUUUUGUCGGCUUUAUUCGACCCUGUUCCGAUCGAUUACGUAUGCAUUAUAUACCAAGGUCUUGCUUUUGGAGAGAGUCUCUAGUCUUAGCUUUUCUGGUGGCUCUGUGUGUGACAUCCAGAAUUUUCAUAAUCAUGUUUAUGUAAAAAAUUUCCGUAUCCGAUAAUGAUACCUAAAUUAUAAAGUUAAGUAUUAUUUAUCUUAGAAUUCGGGUGGACAUUUUAAAUCAUAGUCGGAUUGUAAAUUUUGUGAAGCGCGGAGGAUGAUUUUUCGUGAACGUAAUCGUUCUGAGUUCGACGUAUUGAAAAUUAAAAUAUAUAAAUGUUGAUGUAUAUGUUAAUAGUAGAGCGGUGUUAAUCAAUU